AUGACGCCCGUCAUCGUGCGGGCGUUGGAGAAAGCUGCAAUCCUCGACGCCGAUCAACACUCCGCCCUGCAGCGCGAUUCCGAGCCCUCUCUCGAGGAUCCGAAGCUUGGAAACCCCAUCUCGCAUUCACAACUCAUAGACUUGUCGAAGCUACUGAAACAGCACUCCGCCGUGCUCGACCAAGAAUCAGACGAAGACGGCCCGCUUCGAUACCGCCUCGACUCCCUACUCAAAGGCUCCAAAGUCUACUUCCCCCCUCCUCCGCCAAAGAAGGAACCUACGCCAGAGUAUAAAGCAUUGAUGGCGCGUCUGCGUCGCGAAGAGGAGGCGCGAGCCUAUGAACGCAUGAUCAAUCCUCCACCAGCCGUCGAAUCCUUUUCUCAGCGCUUCCCUACUUCUUCGCUAGGCCACCUCGAUCCUCGAGAAGCUGCACUGGCAGAUGACGAUAUCAGCUACGCAGAGGUGCACCGCCAGAUAAUUCUCAUCAUAAAUGUUCUGGUGUCGAUUAUCGCCAGCAGCGUCUUUAUUUGGAUGGCGGCGCGGCAUUGGACUGCACCAAAGAGGUUGGGCUUGAGCAUGGCAGGGAGCCUAUUAAUUGCCGUGGCGGAGGUUAUAAUAUACAGUGGCUAUGUUAGGAGGGCGAAGGAAGCGAAAGAGAAAGAGAAGAAGAGACCGGAGAUUAAGAAGAUUAUCGAAAGUUGGGUCAUUGAUGGCUCGGUUGAAGACAAGACUGAGAGUGUCUCCGUUGAGCAGGAUAAGACGAAUGAUGGAAUAAGAUACAGGAAAGGCAAACAUCGAUAA